GGCUCGGGGCAGGCGGGCCGGGCCGGGCCCCGGUGCCGCCCGUGGAGCUUUGGCCUGCCGGGCCGGUGUGAGAGCCGCCCACUUGCGUCACGUGGCGGGAUAGAACUGGGGACCGCCAGAGCUCAGGAGCCCCCUUGCUGGGGCUGUAACAGCAGAUCCCCGGGGGUCGGCCCAGGGGGGCUGUAACGCGCGCCAGCGGGUCACGCAAGCACCUGGAUCCCCAGCGUGUAAUGCUCCCCCUUGAGUGGGCUGGAAUGGCUGCCCCCUCAUUUCCUGGCAUCUCUGGUCCGUUGCCCGGAUCUCUGCCACUUGGCUCAAGAUGCAGCAUCGCCGGCGGCCACGCUUGCUGUGGGCCGUGCCUCUGUCCGCUCCAAUGCGUGUUUGCUCGCAGGCAGCCUGCCAGAGUGGCCCCCUAGGUGUGGGGAAGUUUGGAUGCCUGCUGAUUAAGGGAGUCCUGUCUCAUUGCUGUUCAGGUGCCGCAUCGUUACUUAAAUUGCGAAGGAUCGCUCUUCCAAAGCCCUGUUUCUGGGACAGCUGCCGUGCUGUGUACCUUUGAAAUGCCAUUCUGGUGUGCAAGGGGCAGGAAUAGAGGCUCUGUCCAGAACUGCUGAGUGAGGAGUCCUAGCCACCUGGAGCCAUUGUGAGCGCAAAGAUGAGUCGCAUCAGCUCAGGGGGUGAAGGAGAUACCUUCAAAAUCCUGGUUGCUACUGACAUUCACCUUGGGUACUUGGAGAAGGAUCCUGUGCGUGGAAAUGAUACGUUUGUAACUUUUGAUGAAAUUUUGAGACAUGCUCAACAAAAAGAAGUGGAUUUUAUUUUAUUAGGUGGGGAUCUUUUUCAUGAAAAUAAACCCUCCAGAAAAACAUUACACACCUGCGUUGAAUUAUUAAGAAAAUAUUGCAUGGGUGAUCAUCCUGUACAAUUUGAAAUUUUGAGUGACCAGUCAGUCAAUUUUGGUUUUAGCAAAUUUCCAUGGGUGAACUACCAGGAUGGGAAUCUCAACAUUUCUAUUCCAGUUUUUAGUAUUCAUGGCAAUCAUGAUGAUCCCACAGGGGCAGAUGCAUUGUGUGCAUUGGAUAUUUUAAGCAGUGCUGGAUUGCUGAAUCAUUUUGGACGCUCCUCAUCUGUAGAGAAGAUAGACAUUAGUCCCAUUUUACUCCACAAGGGAAGCACAAAAAUUGCUCUAUAUGGAUUAGGAUCUAUACCAGAUGAGAGGCUAUAUCGAAUGUUUGUAAAUAAGCAGGUAACCAUGCUGAGACCAAAGGAAGAUGAGGAUAAUUGGUUUAAUUUGUUUGUAAUUCAUCAGAACAGGAGUAAGCAUGGAGCCACCAAUUACAUUCCAGAGCAGUUUUUAGAUGAAUUUAUUGACCUUGUUAUUUGGGGUCACGAACAUGAAUGUAAAAUAGCUCCAACCCGAAAUGAACAGCAGCUUUUCUAUGUAUCUCAGCCCGGAAGUUCAGUGGUUACUUCUCUGUCACCAGGGGAAGCUAUAAAAAAGCACAUUGGUUUACUUCACAUUAAAGGCAAAAAAAUGAAUAUGGAGAAGAUUCCUCUUGAAACAGUACGAAGUUUCUACAUAGAGGACAUUGUUCUUGCUGAUCAUCCAGACAUUUUUAAUCCAGACAAUCCAAAAGUAACACAAGCGAUACAAGCAUUCUGUAUGGAAAAGGUUGAAACACUGCUGGAUAAUGCAGAAAGAGAGCGUCUGGGAAAUCCACGCCAGCCAGAAAAACCUCUCGUAAGAUUACGAGUUGAUUACAGUGGAGGUUUUGAACCAUUCAGUAUUCAUCGUUUCAGUCAGAAGUUCAUGGAAAGGACAGCUAACCCAAAGGACAUUAUACACUUUUUCAGACAUCGUGAACAAAAAGAGAAAAAUGAAGAUGAGAUUAAUUUUGAAAAGCUCACUCGAAGACCUGCUUUGGAGGGAACAACCCUGAGAGUGGAAGACCUUGUGAAGCAAUAUUUCCAGACAGCAGAGCAGAAAGUACAGCUUUCACUCUUGACUGAAAGAGGCAUGGGUGAAGCAGUGCAGGAAUUUGUUGACAAAGAAGAGAAAGAUGCUAUAGAAGAGUUGGUGAAAUUUCAAUUAGAAAAAACUCAGCGGUUUCUUAAGGAACGUCACACUGAUGCAGAGGAGGCAAAAAUAGAUGAGGAGGUGCGAAAAUUUAGGAAGACCAGAAAAGAGAAUAUUGAAGAGGAAGAGGAAGAAGUUCGUGAGGCUAUGACCAGGGCUAGAGCUCACAGAUCUCAUGAGGCUGCUCUUGCCUCUGACUCUAGUGAUGAUGAUCUUAUGGAUAUUGGAAUGUCAGAACAAAAAAACGAUGAUUCAGAUGCUGGCACCUCUGCAUCAUUCAGCAGAGGAAGAGGUCGAGGAAGGGGUCAGGCAAGAGGUGGAAGAGGGCAAAUCUCAACAUCAAGAGGAGCCUCUCGAAGGGGAAGAGGAAACAGUAUCCAAGAACAGUCUAAUAGCAGUAGAAGUUACAAGCCUGUGUCUACUCCUACCAAGAAUAUGUCUAUCAUAGAUGCCUUUAAAUCUGCCCGACAACAGCCCUCUCGGAAUUCAUCUGCUAAGAAUUACUCAGAGGACAUUAUAGAUGAUGACUCUGAUGUGGAAGAAGUUUCUUUUACUGCUGCUUCCAAAGUUACUCAAAGGUUGCCAAGCACGUCUACAUCCAGCAAAAGGAGCUCACAAAGCCAAAUAAGUAGAGGGGUUGACUUUGAAUCAGAUGAGGAUGAAUAUGACCCUUUCAAGAGUACUGCUGCUUCAAGAAGAAAGCACAGAUGAUUCUGGAUUCAUUAUAUAAAAUCACACUGCAGAAAUGCCCAGGUCUUGUGAUGGAAUCAAAAAACAAUAUGCAAGGUUUUAGAUAGUGUUUUACUCUAAACUAUUUUUUGCCUUAAUGUUUCAAUUCUUUUGUGAAAGAUUAACUCUCAGUGGUACUGUGUAUGCAAGAUAACUUGACGUAUAUGUUGAGUUACCAGUGCCUACUAGUAAAAACUUUGGGAAAUAUUCUGUAGGAAAAAUUCUUCCUUCUGUAAAACUUCUAAAAGGUUGUGUUCAUCUCUGGGCUGUAUAUACAAGAAUUCUUCCUUCUAUAAAAUUUUCUCAUUGGGCUUUACAUUUUAUAGAGGAAUAAAUUAAAGCAAUAUGCAUGCAUGGAUGGAUACAGUUAACUUAUUUUUCAGGCCUAAUGAACAUUACAUUUAUCUGCAGUUUGCUAUGGUUAGCAGAAAAAUUCAAGGACCAAAAGAUGCAACUUUCAAUAUUAAAACUAUUAAUUCCUGGAAAGGGUCUCCUGUUACUGUCUUAUAAAAUGUCAGAAAUGUACAGAAGCGACAUUCUGCUCUGCAAUUCUAGAAAAUGGCUUUAGGUUAAGUUGGUCUGCAUAUUUCUAUCACUCAAGUGAGACUUGUAGGAUAGAACCUUGCAGCUGUGCAAGUAAAACUCUCGGAAGUUGGCAUGAGUCUUACCUGCAUAAAAAAUAUGGAAUUGGGCUAGUAAUGGAUGAGACACUGCCUCUGUAUAUUUGUGCAAAUGACACAUUUCAUGUAUUUUUUUUUUAUUUUCAGAAUUCCCACUGAAACUGCAUUAAUUCAGUAAUGCAUUCAAUAAUGCUUAAAUGAUUUGUUUCCAAAGUGAGCACAGAAAAACAUGAUCAAAAUAGGAAUUAAAGCAGUUGCUAUUUUAAAAAGUCAUUAUUUCUCCACACUUGCUGCUUGGUGCUAACUGAGAACCACAGCUAUACCCUUCAGUAAUUUCAUCCUGAGAGCUAGGACAAUUUGGGGCUUAACUACAAGACCUCUCAGUGGGCUAUGUGGCCCAUUUGGUCUCCCUGACUGACUGCCUCUGGGAUGUUGAAGAAGCACUACACUACAUACAACAGUUGGGUGGGAAAGUGCAGAAGCAUGAACUAUUCCUGGAGCGAGAUGGAAUUUGGCAGUUGUAUGGCCAUGGUUCUGGCCUAUCUUGGCCGCCCCUGGGUCUGCAUUCACUUCUGCCGUUGUGAACUCAAAUGAGCCAUAGAGGCCCUGAGAACUCUGUUGAAGUUGUCAGAUCCGGGACUUGUCCCUCAAGGUAUUAAAUAAUUGGUGGUAAUUUUUAAAGCAGAUAUUCCCUGAUGGUAAUCAGAACAUCGCUUGUUCUGGCAUUUGCAAUGGCCUGACUCUUCUACUGCCUCUUCGCACCAAGGCCUAUUAUUGAUACUUGUCUAAGAAAGACUAGCUGCUGUAAGCUUCUCUCUAAAGGGGGGAACUAUUUGUUGUGCUAAGACAAAAUAUGUCAGACUGCCAUUCGAUCUCCAUAGUAGAAUAAAAAAGUUACCUUUAUGUUGUUCCUAUGAUAAAAACCCCAUAUAAAUGUAUGUGGAACAAUGGAGUAGUAAGUUGUAUGGUCCUGGGUAGUUGCAUUGAAUCUGAAGGAUUUAAAUGUACACAAUCAUAGCGUUUUUUUAUAUGUUGCUAGUUAAAUAAAAUUGUGUACUGAAAAUA